AAUUCAGACAAAAAUCCAUUCAAAAGGUAUUUUAAGCGUCGGAUAGACGCAAUAGUUUUCCCCCACACAAAAUGGCGAACGAGAAUAAACUUAUGUUAGCAACACAACAAGAAAAACCGAAUCAUUACACAUAUUUGAAGGAAUUCCGUGUGGAACAAUGUCAGUCAUUCCUGCAACACAAAUGUAAUCAACAUCGGCCGUUUAUUUGUUUCAAUUGGCAUUUCCAAAAUCAAAGACGUCGUCGGCCAAUUCGCAAGCGAGAUGGUACCUUCAAUUACAGUGCAGACAAUUAUUGCACCAAAUAUGAUGAAACUACAGGAUUAUGCCCCGAUGGAGAUGACUGUCCAUUUCUACACCGCACAGCUGGGGACACAGAGCGCCGCUAUCACUUAAGGUAUUACAAAACUUGUAUGUGCGUACACGACACAGAUUCCCGUGGUUAUUGCGUUAAAAAUGGUCAUCAUUGUGCAUUCGCCCACGGCGUACAAGAUCAACGUCCACCAGUUUAUGACAUCAAGGAGUUAGAAACAUUACAAAAUUCAGAAAACGCCAUAGACGGAACAAACGCACAAAAUGCACUAGACAAAGAAAGAAAUUUAAUGAACGAAGACCCCAAGUGGCAGGAUACAAAUUAUGUUUUAGCAAAUUACAAGACAGAGCCUUGCAAGAGGCCACCACGUCUUUGCCGACAAGGAUAUGCUUGUCCACAAUUUCACAAUAGCAAAGAUAAACGUCGAAGUCCAAGGAAAUUCAAAUAUAGAUCAACGCCGUGCCCGAAUGUAAAACACGGCGAAGAAUGGGGUGAGCCGGGGAACUGCGAGGCCGGUGAUAAUUGUCAGUAUUGUCACACUAGGACCGAGCAGCAAUUUCAUCCGGAAAUUUAUAAAUCAACCAAAUGCAAUGACGUUCAACAAGCCGGCUACUGCCCGAGGAGUGUAUUUUGUGCAUUUGCGCAUGUAGAACCGUAUAUUUUAACAGAAGAUAAACCACGUGAUAUAGAUGGGCCAUCAACAAAUUUAGCUCUUAGUGAUAUUAUAUCAAGCGCACUACCAGAAAUUAAGAAGGACCCUAGCAAACAAGGACUUAUUUCAGUUAGCGACAAUUUAUUUUUCAAUGGCAAUGGUGAGAGCUGUGAAUCAGCAAGUACCUCUUCAAUAGGAUCAAGUAAUUCCCAUAUCAAAGCACCUGGUGCACAAUUGCAACAAAAGAAUACCAUUUACGGAAAUAGCAAUGACUGUUAUAUGAAUGGCGGAUCAUCGUCAUCUCCAUUUUCUUCAAAUAAGAUGAGUCACCUCGAAUACUCAAAAUCACAUUUCCAAAGCUUAGACAUGGCCAAAUUAAUGGGAAUUGAAAAUGAUUCGAAUAGUAUAAUCAAUGCACUAGAUAAAAAUCAAGGCAAAUUUCUAAAUUUCACUUUACCAUUGGAAAGGCUAUCUUCAUGUUCUUUAGAUGAAAUGCGAGAUAUUGUACCUAAUCAAAGAGAGAAUCCUAUCUCCGCCGGACUUGCUCAAUCCGGAUUGCUACAACGGUCUUCUGCUCCUAUUAACAUUCCUAAUUCACAAUUAACAAAUUCAAUAUCAGAUUUUAACUCGGGUGGUUUCUCUGUAAACAUUCCUGGCAGCUCGCUCAACUAUAGUCCUACAAAUCAUUCGAAUUUAUUUAAUGUAGCAGAUGUAUUCAAUUAUAGCGGUUCUGGUUCGAAAUUAAGUAAUUCAUUAACAGCCAACCAAAAUGACAGUAGUAGUUUAUUUUUUCAACCACGUAUUAUUUCGCCGGGCUUUGGCGAUUCUUUAUCAAUUAGUCCUUCUGUUAGAAUAACAGAAUUAAAUUCAAUUCGCGCUGACCUAACAAGUAGUUCCGUUGGAAAUAGUUUAUUUGACAAUAAUUUGCAAAAUAAUAAACCAGCUGCAUAUUCAUUGCAAUCGAUACAAACAUCCAAUCCAGAUGUUGUUAGACUUAACAAUGAUUUGACAAAUAAAACGGCACAAAUAAUUAAAUUACAAACCACAUUAAAAUUAGAAAUGGAUGAAUGUAAUAGAAAGUUGAGUCUAAUUGAAUUGCAAAGAGAUAAAGCAAAACAGGAAGCUCUGGAUUGGAAGGAGCGUUUUGAUCUAGCACAAACACAAAUUAACUUAACAGCUGAUUUACGUAGUUUAUCGAUAUCGAAACUUAAGCAGUUGCAGUCAAAACUCCGCACAGACCUGGAAGAGGUUGAAAAAGUAUUAUAUUCCGAGACCGCCACCAAAUGCAUGAAGUGUGAGGAGAACAACCGCACAAUUACAUUAGAUCCAUGUAAUCACUUCAUUCUGUGCGACACAUGUGCACGUUCAGUGACGGAAUGUCCUUACUGCCAGACACCAGUAACGGUACAAGCCUAAAUCUAAAGCUUCUCUAAGAUCAUAAGCUCAUGAGCACCUCACUGAAUCCUACUCCUCCUAUCUAUAGACCAUAAGGUAUUGCGGAUAGAAUAACUCAUCAAUAUGAACAAUUCUAGGUAAACAAAAAGAAACUUAAUAUGUUUAUUUCUAUAGUUUUUCUUUCAAAGCAGCUGUGUUUAUUUUUUAAUAUAUAUAUAUUUUUUUUAUAAAACUGAACCAUAUACAACAAAUGUAUAAUUAUUAUUUACUCUAAUUUGUAAUUCGAAAGUCAUAUUUAGUUUUAUUUUUAAUAUUCUCUGUCACAUAAAUCAUCACUAAUUGUGUAUAUCCAAACUUCUAUAGAUAAUUCUUAAUUCUGAUUAAAAAGAAAAACAUUAUGUAUUAAACAAAAAGAACAAAAUAAAGUAAACUCAGCGUUUCAUAAAAAUAAAAUGCUUAAAACUGCAACUACUGAUUUAACCAAAAAACAAAAGAUAAUGAAAUUUCACGAAAGUUUGUGAAAGUGAAGUCGAUGCUUAAUGCAAUCUGUAUACAAUUUGAUAUUAAAAAUAUGUUAUCGAAAUAAUUUUCUAGGAUUUUCAAAUUAUUAUUAAACAAAUACUUUCAUAUUUUAAAUACAUUAUUAUAAAUUCUCGUUACACAGUGACAUCUUUUUUAUAUCUAUUAACAAAAAAAUUAAGACAAGAAUUUUGUUUAUUAUAAAUUCUAUAUUUGUUUUUAAGCUUUUCUAAAUUAAUUUACAAUCAUAUAACAUUUUGUAUUGGAAUUUCAUAAAAAAAAUUGGAAAUAUCGAAUAUACAGACAUUUAGAAUUUAAUUUUAAAUAAAAAAAAGUUUCCAAUUAAAACAAAGAAAGAACAAACAUUUUUCUGUAUACAUUCUCAAAUAGAAAACU